AUGAAAGAAUUGCAGUGCAUUCCAGACGUCGCCGGGUUAAGCUACGCAGAACUGUGUAUCCACCCAGACUUGAACCUGCCUGAAGGGUUCAAAAUUCUGAAGUUUGAUACCUUCGGAGGGGUGGGCAACCCCAUGGCGCACUUAAGAGCAUAUUGCGACCAACUCGUGGGAGUUGGCAAAGAUGAAUCUUUGCUGAUGAGGUUGUUCAGCCGGAGCCUGUGCGGUGAGGCCCUGGAAUGGUUCACGUCACACGAAACUCGACAAUGGCCCAGUUGGAGCGCACUAGCCAAAGAUUUCAUUGAUAGAUUUGCGUACAACAUCGAGAUAGUCCCUGAUCGGUACUCCUUGGAGAAAAUGAGGCAGAAAUCCACAGAGAGCUAUCGGGAAUUUGCAUACAGAUGGAGGAAAGAGGCAGCGAGGGUGAGGCCUCCGAUGACAGAGAAGGAGAUUGUAGAGGUGUUCGUACGGGUGCAAGAGCCCGAGUACUAUGACAGAAUCAUCUUGUUAAUCGGCGCCAAGUUCGCCGAGAUAGUCAAAGUGGGUGAGACUAUCGAAGAUUGCCUGAAGUCGGGGAAGAUAGCCCGAGUGUCCUCAUCGCCUGGAUCUUCCGGACUGGUGAGGAAGAAGAGAGAGGAGGUUGCCGCUAUUUCAUACGGGGGAAGAAAAGUUCCCAGAAACUCCUCGCUUCCUCAAGACCGCUCCAAGCCUCCACCAAAGUCUCACCAAGCCUAUCGUCCACAAUCCAAUCAUUCCGGCAACUACCAUGCUGCCCCCGCUUAUCCAGAUGCUCAAAUUUUGUCAUAUCCAAACCCACCCCCAAAUCCCCAAAAUUUUCCCUCCGUAUACCCAAAUUACCCCCAAGCUUAUCAAAUUACUCCCCCUUACCAGAAUGUCGCUCCCAGCUGCGCUAAUAUACAGCCAAGCUAUCGAGCACCUUCCCCCGCAUAUCAAAUUCAAACUCCAGCAUAUCAAAGCCCCCUCCUAAAUUACCAAGCUCCAACGCCAAACUACCAGACAAAUCCCUACCCUAGAACCCAAGCUCCUCACCCAAAUGAUCGCAGUUAUCAACAAAUCCCUCCCCCUCAGCAGAGCGGGUAUGAUCCCUCUCGCCCCAGGUUUGAGAAGAAUCCCUCCAGAAACUUUACCGCACUGGCUGAAAGCAGAACCAAGCUGUUCGAAAGAUUAUCCGCGGCCGGAUACAUCCACCCUGUGGGGCCCAAGCCCGUGGAUGUUAACUCCAGAUUCUACAAACCGGAGCAGAGAUGUGCUUAUCAUUCCAACAGUGUUGGACAUGACACUGAAGACUGUAUCAAUCUUAAGCACAAGAUCCAGGAUUUGAUCGACGAGGAAGUGGUCUCCCUCCAGCCUGCGGCGCCAAACGUCAAUACCAAUCCGUUGCCGAAUCAUGGGGGUGGGAACAUCAACAUGAUAGAAAUAGACGAAGGCGAGUGUGAAACCAAGAGAAUUACUCCUGUUGUUCAGGAAGACUUGGAAAAGGUUGUCGCUUCUUUGAGCGUCAGGGAAAAAAGAGAGUUCGUUAUUCUGACACCUGCGAAGGCUGUUGCCUUGGUGCCCUCGAAGACUCUCGCCAAACCCAAGUUCGUCAUAAAAAUGGCCGUGGCCCAAGGCAUGACUAGAUGUGGUAGAUGCUACACUCCUGAUGAGCUUGCUCUCGGAGGACAAAAGAAAGAGCAUGCCAAGAGACCAAUAAGUGAAGCAGAAGCCGAAGAGUUCUGGAGGAGAAUGCAGCCUAAAGAUUACUCCAUUUUCAAGCACUUGGAGAAGACUCCAGCCCAGAUUUCUGUAUGGGCCCUACUGAUGAGCUCCUGGUCCCACAGGCAGGCUUUGAUGAAAGCCCUGGAGGACACGUACGUGCCCUCAGGCAUGAGCAGCGAUAAUGUAGCGGCCAUGAUUCACCAAGUCAUUCGGGGACACCGCAUCAGUUUCUGCGAUGAUGAAUUGCCGGCCAAAGGGAGAUCCCAUAACAAAGCUCUAUACGUCACUGUGAUAUGCCGCGGAAAGGUCGUCAAUCGUGUUCUGGUAGACGAUGGAUCUGGUUUGAACAUAUGCCCCUUGUACACAUUGAAGCAGCUGAGGUUUGACCUCAGAAAGUUGGAGCAAAACCAGGUUAAUGUAAGAGCAUUCGACGGUGUGCAGAGAGACACAUUAGGAGCAGUAAACUUGACCAUCCAAAUGGGCCCCGCGGUGUUCGAGGAAAAGUUCCAAGUAUUGGAUAUUGACACCAGCUACAACCUUCUUUGGGAAGGCCAUUCAUUCACAUGGCUGGAGCUGUCCCCUCCACUCUCCACGAAAUGA